AUGGCUUCAAUCUCGGACCGUACCGGCUUAUUGCUUCAGCGGUUGGGGCCCAGCUUGCUGGUAGCAAAGCAACCGAGCCUCGCGGACACUGACAACACCAUUGACAUUUCUGGGGGUGAAAACGAACUCAUUCAACAGGAGCUCCAUCAAGUGCUUCAAGAAGCUAACUCAGGAGCAACAGCUGAUGAGCUAUUUUCCCUUCCUGUCACGUUUGGAGGCAACCAAGACGCGCGAGAAAAUCUGGCCAAGUUUUUCAAUGGCUACUUUGACCCGGCUCGCAAGGUUUUGCCCGAUCAAAUCGUGCUUACAGCUGGUGCGGGAAAUGCCAUCGAACUACUGAUGCAGUCGACAUGCGACGAAGGUGACAGUGUCAUUGUCCCAGCACCGCUCUGGUUUGGAUUUCUGCCAUACAUAUCUGGGCGACCAAAGGUCAAUAUAAUUACUGCCACGCCACCAGACUAUACCAGGCAUGCUGAAGACUUGGUUCUGGCUAUUGAGGCAGCGUUUGAGGCAGCCCAAGAGCCAAACAGAGUCAAAGCACUCAUCUUGACGAAUCCCCAGAAUCCGCUUUCAAGAUGCUAUCCCAAGGAUGUGAUAUUAGAGUGCGUCAAAUUCUGCAAUAGGAAGGGUCUGCAUUUCAUAUCCGAUGAGAUCUACGCUCUGGCCACCUUUGGCUUUGCCAUCAAUGACCAGCCCGGAUUCCACUCAGCCCUAUCGAUUCCAUCAGAACCAGAAGACGGCCUGGGCAUUGAUCCGAGCAAGAUUCAUGUGGUCUGGAGUCCGAGUAAACUCUUCGGCUUAGGUGGCCUGCGGAUUGGCAAUCCUCCACUCCGCGCAGCGACAUCCCUUCUAGCAUACGCAGGGGUUUCCGCUUUGAGCACCUCUAUGUUGAACACGCUGCUAGCAAGCCCGGCUCUCCCCGAGCUUCUGGAGAUGAACUCGAGUCGGUUGACAGCCUCUUACCAGAUCUUUGCUGACGGCCUUGCACGCCUCGGUGUGGACUUCAUACCUGCUAGCGAAGGUCUUUUCGUAUUUGCUAGGAUAGGAAAAGACUUGAAAUCCCAGGAGGAUGAACUUGCGUUCAAGGCGAACUUGGAGCAACACGGAGGUGUCCGCGUUAGUCCUGGCUGGCUCUACAACCAAUCGACAAGGGAGUUCGGCUGGGCAAGGCUCACCAUCUCCAUCCCACAGGAGCGAGCAGAGGAGGUUAUGGUCCGGCUAACGGAUUUCCUGACUGGGAACUGA